AAGAACGGAAAGGUGAGGAAAGGGGGCUCAUUCAAACUAAAAAACAAAUACAGUCGAAUGAGAAAGAGAGGGUGAUUAGGGAGAGAAGGAAGUGAAGAAAGAAAGUGAGAUGAACAACAGCAACAGCAGCAAUUUGAAGCAAGAUCUGGAAAACCAAAGCGAUCACAGCUCCAACCACACCUUCUCUCAGCCUCAGCCUCAGCCUCAGCCUCAGUCUCGCCGUCCCCGUGGCUUCGCGGCCACGGCGGCGGCGGCAGCGGCUGCGGCUGCCACCGGCGGAGGAGGAGGAGGAGGGGGAAAGGGGAAGAAGGAGAGGGAGAAGGAGAAGGAGCGGACCAAGCUUCGGGAGCGGCACCGCCGGGCUAUCACCAGCCGGAUGCUCGCUGGACUCCGCCAGUACGGCAACUUUCCGCUUCCUGCGAGGGCUGAUAUGAAUGACGUUUUGGCGGCUCUCGCCCGCGAGGCCGGUUGGACCGUGGAGGCCGACGGCACAACGUAUCGGCAGUCUCCGCCUCCCUCACAGAUGGCAACAUUUCCUGUUAGGUCGGUUGAAAGCCCACUAUCAGCUAGUUCUUUGAGAAAUUGCUCUGCAAAAGGAUCAUUAGACUGUCAGCCAUCUGUUCUCAGAAUUGAUGAGAGUUUAUCACCUGCAUCUCUUGAUUCUGUUGUGGUUACUGAGAGGGAUACAAAGAGUGAGAAGUACACAAGUACCAGCCCCAUCAGCUCAGCAGAAUGCCUGGAGGCUGAUCAGCUUAUGCGAGAUGUUCGUUCUGGGGAGCAUGAGAACGAUUUUACUGGAACUCCUUAUGUACCUGUUUAUGUAAUGCUUGCUACAGGUGUUAUCAACAAUUUCUGUCAGUUGGUUGAUCCUGAUGGCAUUAGACAGGAGUUGAGUCAUAUGAAGUCUUUACACACAGAUGGAGUUGUGGUAGAUUGUUGGUGGGGUAUUGUUGAAGGAUGGAGCCCACAGAAAUAUGAAUGGUCUGGUUAUAGGGAACUGUUUAACAUCAUCCGAGAGUUCAAGCUGAAAUCGCAGGUUGUGAUGGCAUUUCAUGAGUAUGGGGGAAAUGGCUCUGGCGAUGUGAUGAUCUCUCUUCCCCAGUGGGUUCUGGAGAUUGGAAAAGAGAAUCAAGAUAUAUUUUUUACAGAUCGUGAAGGAAGGAGAAAUACUGAAUGCCUGUCUUGGGCCAUUGACAAGGAACGGGUAUUAAAAGGAAGAACUGGUAUUGAGGUCUAUUUUGAUUUCAUGAGAAGCUUCCGGACAGAGUUUGAUGACUUGUUUGCAGAGGGUAUCAUUUCUGCUGUUGAAAUUGGACUAGGAGCAUCUGGGGAGCUAAAAUACCCUUCUUUUUCCGAGAGAAUGGGAUGGGGGUACCCUGGUAUUGGUGAAUUUCAGUGUUACGAUAAAUAUUCACAACAGAAUCUGCGAAAAGCUGCUAAAUUGCGUGGGCAUUCAUUCUGGGCCAGAGGACCAGAUAAUGCUGGUCAAUAUAACUCUAGGCCGCAUGAAACUGGAUUCUUCUGUGAAAGAGGUGAUUAUGAUAGCUAUUAUGGCCGCUUUUUCCUCCAUUGGUAUGGUCAGUCACUAAUUGACCAUGCGGAUAAUGUUCUGUCUCUUGCAACCCUUGCAUUUGAGGAAACUCAGUUAAUCGUCAAGGUUCCAGCAGUCUAUUGGUGGUACCGAACCGCUAGCCAUGCAGCAGAGCUCACAGCCGGAUAUUACAACCCUACAAACCAGGAUGGAUACUCUCCAGUUUUUGAGGUUCUUAAGAAACAUUCAGUGACAAUGAAGUUUGUCUGCUCUGGAUUGCAGAUCACUUGCCAGGAAAAUGAUGAUGCAUUUGCUGAUCCAGAAGGUCUGAGCUGGCAGGUUCUAAAUUCAGCCUGGGAUCGGGGUUUGACUGUAGCUGGUGAGAAUGCAGUUCCAUGUUAUGAUAGAGAAGGGUACAUGAGAAUAGCUGAGAUAGCAAAACCCAGGAAUGAUCCUGAUCGUCGUCACUUGUCAUUCUUUGUAUAUCAACAGCCAUCUCCCUUGGUUGAAAGAACUAUUUGGUUCUCCGAAUUGGACUACUUCAUCAAAUGCAUGCAUGGGGAAAUUGCAGGCUAUCUAGACCCCUGAUUCGGCUUCGACUGCAGACCAACAACUAAAGGGGUAUAUACAUAAAUUAUGUUUCAGUUUUUUGAUUUACUGAGUUUAUAAUUGUAAUUUGAAAUUCAAAAGCUAGAAGGGCAAAGGUUAUAAUUUAUAAUCGAUUAUGCGUUACUUGGUUAGUAAUGGUUAAUUAUCGGGUUCGAGUUUGGGGGGAAUGGAAUGGUGGAACGAUAAAUAUCAUUCCAUGGUUGCGUUUGGUAUGUGAGAAUAGGAAUGAAAAUAAUGGAGGUGAAUUCCUAUACUAUGUAGAAGAUAGUAAUCAAAACGCUCCGACCUCAAAGAGGCCAGGUGGGGAGAAAAUAUUAAUGGAUUUUUGAUUCCUAUUUCCAUUCCAAAAAACAAUUUAAACAAGGAAUGAACCAUUCUAUAUUUCACCUAUCGAAA